AUGGCGACGAUGUCAAGGCGGAGCAGCGAACGAGGACCGAGCUUCAUAGAAACAUGUUUCAUGAGCGAACCUGAUUUUCCAACUUGUAACGCACAUUCCGUACAAGAAAUAUUUGCAAAUUUAAAAGAUGGACUACCGGAAAUCGGUUUGCCGCCAAUCGAUCCGUUAAACGUAACGGAAAUCAGUCUUUUGCAAGGUUCCGGCCCUGUUUCGAUCAACGCCACGCUCAUGAACGUUCGAAUAUUUGGUUUUUCCAAAGCUAUCGUCAAAUCAAACAAAGUUUAUCCGCAAAAGGGUUACAGUUUCGUGACGAAAUUAAGAUUGCCGAACAUGAGAAUCGAAGGAAAUUACAACGUACAGGGAAGAAUUCUUUUACUUCCGUUGGUCGGAAAAGGUUCUUGUUGGUUCGAACCGAAAAAUAUGGACGUGGAAGUAAGUCACGACAUACACAUCGUACAAAAAGAAGGUUUUAAUUUGUUCAACAUAACCGGAGUCCGCGUUAAAUUCGAAAUGGAAGGUUUAAAAAUGAGAUUGAAUAAUUUAUUUAACGGUGUCAAACAAUUGGAGGAAAGUACGAACGCGUAUUUGAACGCAAAUUGGAAAGCUGCUAGCGAAUCUCUCAAACCCAUUUUAAGAAAAACGAUUGCGGACAUUUUGAUCGUAAUACUUAAAAAAUUAUUCGAUAACGUUCCAGCAAAUUAUUUCAUCGGUGACGUCACAUAUCAAGGACCGUAA